GCUCAUUUUCCAUUUUCGAACUCUCUCUCUAUCUCCGGCGAUGAUUCCGAUUAAUCUGAUCAAGUCCAAGCUUCGAUUUUACGGUGGCAUAGAGUAAAAGGCAUAGUGGGUUGAGUGUAUCUGGAUACAGACCAAAAACAUUUGCAUCAUUCUGUGGUUGGCUUCCUUCAAUAGUUGCUGCCGUUAAUCAUUCACUCCAGAUUGCUUAUCUUCAAACAUAUACUGGAAAAUGUCUUUUCAGAAUAAAAACUUUUGGAUGCCACGGGAUGCUGGCUGCUUAGCUGAAGAAAAUAUGGGAUAUGAGAAUUCUUCCAGAAUUGAACCAAAGCGUGGUCAUGGUGAACCAGAACUAUUCAGCAACAACAAGAAGCAAGCUGUUGAAAGUGUUAGCGGCAGCCCAAUUUCAGGAGUUUCACAUAUAAGUGUUUCUCCAUGGGACACCAAUUCGGGAUUCCACUCAGUCACAGGUCAAUUUUCUGACCGUCUCUUUGGAUCUGAACUAAGGGCUGUCAAUUUGGUUGAUAAAAACAUGCCAUCAAUUGCAAGUGGAAAUCUGAACAUGGGAAGAAGGGAUUUUGAGAAUCAAUAUGGUAAUGAUCCAUCCGUGGGUUUAUCAAUAUCUCAUACCUUGGAGGACCCUUCAUCAUGUCUCAGUUUUGGUGGUAUCAGAAAAGUCAAAGUUAAUCAAGUCAGAGAUUCUGAGAAUUGCAUGUCUUCAUCCAUGGGGCACUCUUAUGGUAGGGCUGAUAAUAACACAUUUUCAAUAGGUGUUGGCUACAGUAAGAAUGAUGGCAACAUAUCAUUGGGCCCAACUUCUAACAAUGGAAAUGAUAAUACCAUAUCUACUAGGACGACAUUAAGUAAGACUGAUGACAAUCUUGUUUCAAUGGGUCACACCUUCAACAAGGGGGAUGGGAGCUUUAUGUUGAUGGGCCACAAUUAUGGCAAGGGAGAUGAAAAUAUCUUAUCAAUGAGUCAGGCCUUUGACAGGGGAGAUGGAAAUUUCAUAUCAAUGGGUCAGUCAUAUGAAAAGGAUGAUAGCAAUAUGAUAUCUCUGGGUACCUCAUACUACAAGGGGCAUGAGAACUUUCUAUCAAUGGAUCCAACCUAUAGUAAAUCAGGAGAAAAUUUCAUAACUAUUGAUGCUUCCUAUGACAAGGGCAUUGAUCAUAUAAUACCAAUAGGUCCAACAUAUGAUAAGGUGGAUUCAAACAUUGCAUCAACAGUUCCUUCAUAUGACAAAAGAGAUUCUAGCUCUUUAGCCGUGGACUACAACCACAAUAAGGGUGAGGGAAGCACCAUAUCUUUUGGAGGUUUUCAUGAUGACCGGGAAUCGAAUCCCUCUGGAGGGAUAAUUAGUGGCUACGAUCUAUUGAUGGGCAACCAUACCUCAGCUGAAGGUUUGGAUGGGGAGAAGGCUCUGACUCAGUCAAACUGUGAACUACCUGUAAAUAGCAGUCCAAAAUCUAAUCUCAAAACUGAUACUAUCCUUAAGAAUAAAGAGCCAAAGAUAACCAAGAAGGCUCCUGUUAACAACUUCCCUUCAAAUGUUAAAAGUUUGUUGUCAACUGGUAUUUUUGAUGGUGUUCCUGUGAGAUAUGUUUCUUGGUCACGAGAGAGAGUUCAUAAAGGAUUCAUAAAGGGAACUGGGUAUUUGUGUUCGUGUGAUGACUGCAAGCAGUCCAAGGCUCUCAAUGCAUAUGAGUUUGAGCGUCAUGCUGGUGCCAAGACCAAACACCCUAACAAUCACAUAUACUUUGACAAUGGAAAAACCAUCUAUGCUGUCGUUCAAGAGCUGAAAAACACUCCUCAGGAGAUGCUUUUUGAUGCAAUUCAAAAGGUGACUGGCUCUAUCAUCAAUCAAAAGAAUUUUCGUAUCUGGAAAGCAUCAUACCAAGCUGCUUCUCGGGAGCUUCAGCGUAUCUAUGGGAAGGAUGAAGUGAUCAUACCAUCUUGAGCUCAAUUUUCUGCUACUUGGAAGUUCGGAAUUAUGGUAGAUAUGUAAUAUGUUCAUGCAUAGCAGGUUAAUAGUUAUUUGACUAAUUGAAAUUGAAAAGUUUGAGCUAAUGCAUUCGUGUAGGAAUUUUGAUUGUUUUUUUAUGGAAAUGAUGUAAAUUCUAUGGUUUUGUUUGAUGAUUCUUUCGCUCUCAAUUUGCAGAU